AUGCCCGUCAUCUCCAUCACGAGCGUGGCCGAGUUCAUGGACAAGGUCUUGGACUCCGAGGAACCCGCCAUCGUGGACUGUUUCGCGGAAUGGUGUGGUCCAUGCAAGGCCAUCGCGCCCAAGGUCGAGCAGUGGAGCGAGCAAUACCCCCAAGUCAAGUUCUACACCUUCGAUGUAGACAAGGUCCCCGAUCUUUCGAACGAGCUUGGUGUGAGAGCAAUGCCUACUUUUAUGCUCUUCAAGGGUGGCCAGAAGAUCACUGAGGUUGUUGGUGCUUCUCCUCCGGCCAUUGAGCAGGGUAUCCAGUCUCUCAUUGCUUAA